UGCAAGAAUGGAACAACCCGAUCUUCCUUACAAUGAAAUGAGAGUAUGAGACCGAUAACUUCAGUUAGAUUUUCGUCGAUGAACAGAGAGUAAUUAAUUCGGGCUAUUGGGUCUACACCGCAAAUGAUUUCUAGGCGGAAAAAACCCUAAUUUCUCAUUUGUGAGAUUUGUUGAGUGGUGAAAUUAGAAGCGAAAAUGAAGGCAGGAAGCGCUGCAAAGCUGAUCGUUGAUGCUCUUCUUCAGCGUUUCCUUCCUCUCGCCAGGCGCCGCAUCGAAACAGCCCAAGCUCAGGAUGGACAGUAUCUUCGACCAUCGGACCCUGCCUAUGAGCAAGUUCUUGAUUCCUUGGCUAUGGUUGCACGACAUACACCUGUGCCUCUUUUGGAGGCACUUCUUAGAUGGAGAGAAGGCGAAUCCCCAAAGGGCGCAAAUGAUGCUUCUACAUUCCAAAGAAAGCUUGCAGUGGAGUGCAUUUUUUGCUCUGCAUGCAUUCGUUUUGUGGAGUGCUGUCCACAGGAGGGACUUACUGAGAAGCUGUGGUCUGGACUAGAAAAUUUUGUUUUUGACUGGCUUAUAAAUGCUGACAGAGUUGUUAGCCAAGUUGAAUAUCCAUCAUUGGUUGAUUUGCGGGGUCUCUUGUUGGAUUUAGUUGCUCAACUGUUGGGUGCCUUAUCUCGUAUCAGGUUUAGUUCUGUAACCGAGCGUUUUUUCAUGGAACUCAAUACUCGUCGUAUUGACACCAGUGUUGCCCGGAGUGAAACACUCAAUAUCAUCAAUGGAAUGCGCUAUCUGAAGCUAGGGGUUAAGACCGAGGGUGGGCUUAAUGCAUCUGCUUCCUUUGUGGCAAAAGCAAAUCCUCUAAACCGUGCUCCACAUAAACGCAAAAGUGAGCUUCACCAUGCAUUAUGCAAUAUGCUUUCAAACAUCCUGGCACCACUUGCAGAUGGGGGGAAAGGCCAGUGGCCACCUACAGGUGUAGAUCCUGCUCUUACUCUGUGGUAUGAAGCUGUUGGGCGCAUUAGAGGGCAACUUAUGCAUUGGAUGGACAAACAGAGCAAACAUAUUGCUGUCGGCUACCCUUUGGUGACACUUCUUCUCUGUCUUGGUGAUCCUCAAGUUUUCCACAGCAACUUAAGUCCUCACAUGGAGCAACUUUACAAGCUUCUAAGGGACAAGAAUCAUCGCUAUAUGGCGUUGGACUGUCUUCAUCGAGUAUUGAGGUUUUACUUGAGUGUUCAUGCAGCUAAUCAGGCCCCAAAUCGUAUAUGGGACUACUUAGACAGUGUGACUUCUCAACUCUUAACCAUUUUGAGGAAAGGAAUGCUUACUCAGGAUGCCCAACAUGAUAAAAUUGUUGAGUUCUGUGUGACUAUAGCAGAGCAUAACCUUGACUUUGCCAUGAAUCAUAUGAUAUUAGAAUUGCUGAAGCAGGAUAGUCCAAGUGAAGCGAAGGUUAUUGGUCUACGUGCGUUGCUUGCCAUCGUCAUGUCACCUUCAAGCCAACAUGUGGGCUUGGAAAUAUUUAAAGGUCAUGAUAUUGGUCAUUACAUACCAAAAGUGAAGGCUGCAAUUGAGUCAAUUUUAAGGUCUUGCCAUCGGACUUAUAGUCAUGCUCUUCUCACUUCAUCAAGAACCACCAUAGAUGCAGUAACCAAGGAAAAGUCUCAAGGAUAUCUCUUCCGGUCAGUGCUCAAAUGUAUACCAUACCUCAUUGAAGAAGUUGGCCGGAGUGAUAAAAUCACUGAGAUAAUACCUCAGCAUGGCAUAAGUAUUGAUCCUGGUGUUCGUGAGGAAGCAGUUCAGGUACUCAAUCGGAUUGUUAGAUGCCUACCUCAUUGUCGCUUUGCAGUUAUGAGAGGAAUGGCCAACUUUAUUCUACGUCUUCCUGAUGAAUUCCCCCUUCUCAUUCAAACCUCACUGGGACGUCUGCUGGAACUCAUGCGUUUUUGGAGGGCUUGUUUGAUUGAUGAUAGACUGGAAGGUGGUGUGGAUGAUGCAAGGCAUGAAGGGCAGGGAAAUGGAAGAUUUAAGAAGUCUUCUUUCCAGCAAUUAGGAGAAUCAAUUGAGUUUCGUGCUUCUGAGAUCGAUGCAGUUGGUCUUAUAUUCCUGAGUUCUGUGGAUAGCCAAAUUAGGCAUACGGCAUUAGAGUUAUUGCGCUGCGUUCGUGCCUUGAGGAAUGAUAUACGAGACCUCACAAUGCAUGAGCAUCAAGAUUAUAACAUGAGAAAUGAAGCUGAACCCAUAUUUAUAAUUGAUGUCCUAGAAGAACACGGGGAUGACAUCGUCCAAAGUUGCUACUGGGAUUCUGGGCGUCCAUUUGAUUUGAGACGAGAAUCUGAAACAAUCCCUCCUGAAGCGACUCUCCAGUCUAUUAUAUUUGAGAGUCCUGAUAAGAAUAGGUGGGCUCGUUGUCUUAGUGAGCUUGUCAAAUAUUCUGCUGAGCUUUGCCCAAGCUCUGUUCAGGAAGCAAAGGUAGAAGUUGUGCAACGUCUUGCUCAUAUUACACCUGUUGAGCUAGGUGGAAAGGCUCACCAGUCACAGGAUGCGGACAAUAAACUAGAUCAGUGGCUCAUGUAUGCAGUGUUUGCUUGUUCAUGUCCUCCAGAUAAUAGAGAUAAUAGAGAUGCUGGUGGUUUAGUGGCAGCAAACGAUCUUUACCGUCUUAUUUUUCCAUCACUAAAAUCUGGAUCUGAAGCAAACAUACAUGCAGCCACCAUGGCUCUUGGUCACUCACAUCUGGAAGCAUGUGAGAUCAUGUUUAAUGAGAUUGCAUCUUUUAUUGAUGACGUAUCUUCGGAGACAGAGGCAAAACCAAAAUGGAAGACUCAAAAAUCUCGUCGUGAGGAACUCCGGACCCACAUUGCAAACAUAUAUCGUACUGUUGCUGAGAAUAUCUGGCCUGGCAUGCUGAGUCGUAAGCCAGUUUUCCGUCUCCAUUAUCUUAAGUUCAUUGAAGAAACAACCAGACAGAUAUUGACAGCACCAGCAGAAAACUUCCAUGAAAUGCAACCUCUACGUUAUGCACUUGCAGUUGUUCUAAGGUCUCUAGCCCCAGAAUUUGUUGAGUCAAAAUCAGAAAAAUUUGAUCAAAGAACUAGAAAGCGGCUAUUUGAUCUUCUUCUUACCUGGUCUGAGGAUUCAGGAAGUACAUGGGGUCAGGAUGGUGUUAGUGAUUACAGGCGUGAGGUUGAACGUUACAAGGCUUCGCAGCACACCCGGUCCAAGGAUUCUGUAGACAAAAUUUCAUUUGAUAAAGAAUUGAGUGAACAAGUUGAGGCAAUUCAGUGGGCCUCCACGAAUGCUAUGGCAUCACUUCUGUAUGGUCCUUGCUUUGAUGAUAAUGCUCGAAAAAUGAGUGGGCGGGUGAUAUUGUGGAUCAACAGUUUGUUCAUUGAGCCUGCACCAAGAGCCCCAUAUGGUUACUCGCCUGCUGAUCCAAGAACUCCAUCUUAUUCCAAGUUUGCUGGUGAAGGUGGGCGUGGAGCUGCUGGUCGAGACAGGCAUAAGGGUGGCCACUAUCGUGUUGCUUUAGCAAAAUUGGCUCUGAAGAAUCUUCUUCUUACAAAUUUGGAUUUGUUUCCUGCUUGCAUUGAUCAGUGCUACUUCUCUGAUGCUGCAAUAGCCGAUGGUUACUUCAGUGUGUUGGCUGAGGUAUAUAUGCGCCAAGAGAUACCUAAAUGUGAAAUUCAGAGGCUAUUGAGUCUGAUCCUUUACAAGGUGGUGGACCCAAGUCGACAAAUUCGUGAUGAUGCCCUUCAGAUGCUUGAGACUCUUUCAGUUCGUGAGUGGGCUGAGGAUGGAGUUGAGGGAUCGGGAAGCUAUCGGGCUGCUGUUGUGGGUAAUCUUCCUGAUUCCUACCAACAAUUCCAAUACAAGCUGUCAUGCAAACUUGCCAAAGAUCAUCCUGAAUUAAGUCAGCUUCUCUGUGAAGAAAUCAUGCAGAGACAACUUGAUGCCGUUGAUAUAAUUGCACAGCAUCAGGUCUUGACAUGUAUGGCUCCAUGGAUUGAGAAUCUCAAUUUCUGGAAACUCAAGGACUCAGGUUGGAGUGAAAGAUUAUUAAAAAGUCUUUAUUAUGUGACCUGGCGACACGGAGACCAGUUCCCUGAUGAAAUUGAGAAACUUUGGAGCACAAUUGCCAGCAAGCCCAGGAACAUUAGUCCAGUCUUAGAUUUUUUAAUCACAAAAGGGAUUGAGGAUUGUGAUUCCAAUGCAUCUGCUGAAAUAAGUGGUGCAUUUGCCACUUAUUUCUCAGUUGCAAAGCGAGUAAGCUUAUAUUUAGCUCGAAUAUGUCCUCAAGGGACAAUCGAUCACCUGGUUUACCAGUUAUCCCAGCGAAUGUUGGAAGAUAGUGUUGAACCGGUCGUGCCAAGUGCAAAUAAGGGUGAUGCAAAUGGAAAUUUUGUGUUGGAAUUCUCUCAGGGGCCUGCAGCAGCUCAAAUUGCAUCUGUAGUAGACACCCAGCCGCACAUGUCGCCAUUACUUGUUCGGGGUUCCCUUGACGGUCCUCUCAGGAAUACCAGUGGGAGCCUUAGCUGGAGAACUGCCGGUGUUACAGGGCGAAGUGUCUCGGGCCCUUUAAGUCCAAUGCCUCCUGAGUUAAAUAUUGUCCCAGUAACUGCAGGCCGAUCAGGCCAACUCCUUCCAGCAUUAGUAAACAUGUCGGGGCCUUUGAUGGGUGUCAGAAGUUCAACAGGAAGUUUGAGGAGCCGCCACGUUUCCAGAGACAGUGGAGACUACCUCAUUGACACUCCAAACUCUGGUGACGAUGGCUUACAUUCGGGGGUUGGGAUGCAUGGUGUUAGUGCUAAAGAACUUCAGUCAGCCUUGCAGGGGCAUCAGCAACAUUCACUCACUCAAGCAGAUAUAGCAUUAAUUUUACUUGCAGAAAUAGCAUAUGAGAAUGAUGAAGAUUUUCGCGAGCACUUGCCUCUCCUUUUUCAUGUCACAUUUGUUUCGAUGGAUAGUUCAGAAGAUAUUGUGCUUGAGCAUUGUCAGCAUUUACUCGUUAAUCUGCUAUACUCACUUGCUGGUAGGCACUUGGAGCUUUAUAAUGUGGAUAACAGUGAUGGAGAGAACAAGCAACAAGUUGUCAGCCUAAUUAAGUAUGUCCAGUCAAAGAGAGGGAGCAUGAUGUGGGAGAGUGAGGAUCCCACCGUUAUGAGAACUGAGCUUCCAAGUGCAGCCCUCCUGUCUGCCCUAGUUCAGAGCAUGGUUGAUGCUAUCUUUUUCCAGGGGGAUCUUCGUGAGACUUGGGGUGCUGAGGCACUCAAAUGGGCCAUGGAGUGCACGUCAAGACACCUUGCCUGUCGUUCACACCAGAUUUACCGGGCUUUGCGGCCUAGUGUCACAAGUGAUACUUGUGUAUUGCUCCUCAGAUGCCUUUACAGAUGCCUAGGAAAUCCAGUACCUCCAGUUUUGGGAUUUAUCAUGGAGAUUUUAUUGACAUUGCAAGUUAUGGUGGAGAACAUGGAGCCAGAGAAGGUGAUACUGUACCCUCAACUCUUUUGGGGUUGUGUUGCCAUGAUGCACACUGAUUUUGUUCAUGUCUACUGCCAAGUCCUUGAGCUAUUUUCAUGUGUGAUAGACCGUUUAUCAUUCCGAGACAAGACAACAGAAAAUGUGUUGCUUUCAAGCAUGCCUCGCGAUGAACUGGAUACCAAUGCUGACAUUGGAGACUUCCAACGGAUAGAAUCUAAGGGCUAUGACUUGCCCCUAUCCAGCGGCAGUUCACCGACAUUUGAAGGAGUGCAACCUCUAGUUCUGAAGGGCCUCAUGUCAACAGUUAGCCAUGGUGUCUCUAUUGAGGUCCUUUCACGGAUCACAGUGCACUCUUGUGACUCUAUAUUUGGGGAUGGUGAGACAAGACUCCUGAUGCACAUCACAGGCUUACUUCCUUGGCUCUGUUUGCAGCUCUGCAAGGAUCCUGUGGUGGGUCCAGCUUCGCCACUUCAACAGCAGCAGCAAAAGGCGUGCUCUGUUGCGGCCAACAUCGCUAUAUGGUGUCGAGCAUCGUCAAUGGAUGAAUUAGCCACUGUAUUUAUGGCUUACUCACGAGGAGAAAUCAAAAGCAUUGAUAACCUUCUUGCUUGUGUCUCCCCACUACUAUGCAAUGAGUGGUUCCCAAAGCACUCAGCUCUGGCUUUUGGGCACUUGCUUAGGCUGCUAGAGAAAGGACCAGUGGAGUAUCAGCGUGUGAUAUUGCUCAUGCUUAAAGCACUGCUCCAGCACACUCCCAUGGAUGCUUCUCAGAGCCCACACAUGUACGCAAUCGUAUCCCAGCUGGUGGAGAGCACCUUGUGUUGGGAGGCACUUAGUGUGCUUGAAGCCCUUUUACAGAGCUGCAGCUCAUUGACAGGUGCACACCCUCAUGAACCAGGCUAUGAGAAUGGGACUGAUGAUAAGAUGCUUGCUCCACAGACUUCGUUCAAGGCUCGGAGUGGCCCCUUACAGUAUGCAACUGGAUCAGGUUUUUGGGCAGGUUCGACACCGGUUACACAAGUUGUCUCAGCUGAAUCCGGGUUGUCUGCUAGAGAGGUUGCUUUGCAGAACACGCGUCUGAUCCUUGGUCGAGUACUUGACAGCUGUGCUCUUGGAAGGAGAAGGGAUUAUAGAAGGCUGGUGCCUUUUGUGAAUACCAUUGGCAAUCCUUGACCUACACAUUCUUAUUUGCUUAUACAUGUAGCUUAAAAUAGAGAACUAGAGAGGUAUUGGGGAUGCAGUGUUGUAAAUAGGCAAAUUAGACUGGGGUUUGUAGUCAGUAAAUGUAACAUGUUAUCAUGUCCCUUUCUGUAAAUGUUUUGUACUAUUAAUUGCAGUUAUUUUUCUUCUCUUCCU